AUGGCCUUUCCUGGUGCGAGCAGCUCGGCCGCAGGGUAUAAUCUCCUUCACCCUCUUCUGAGUUUCAUUAUCAAUAUCAUGAUGUUCCUAGGCAAUACUGUUUUCAUAUUCAGCAUGCUCUGUUUGGUUGAUUUGGAUGAUUAUGCUAGUACUGUUUUUCUGCUCGGCCUCAUCGACGCGCUCGCCGCUGCGCCGGCGGGAGAGCUUGUUGCCCAGAUACCCAGGCCUGCCGCGAACAAGGCCGAGGCCACGGCCACGGUGGACCGGAUGAUGCGGUUCCUCGCGUCCCACGGCGUCGUGACGUGCUCCACGGAUGAGGGGGCGGCACCGGCGCCUGACGGAAGCAGCACAGUGCUCCGGAGGUAUGCAAAGAGACCAGUCUGCCGGUGGCUCUCCGCCACCAACAACGGCGAAGGGUCGCUGGCUGCCCUCGCCAUGUUCGGGUUUCAGCAGCCGUUCUUGAACCCCUGGCAGCACAUGGCGGAGGCCGUGCUGUCCGGCGGCGUGGCGUUCGAGAUGGCCAACGGGAUGCCGGCGUUUGAGUACAUGGGGAAGAACCCGCAACUGAGUGCGCUCUACAACCAGGCCAUGUCCCAGCUCUCGUUGCUCGUCUGCCGCAAGAUGCUCGAGGGCCGCUUCACCGCCGUCGGCGGGUUCGACGAUAUCCAAGUCCUCGUCGACGUUGGCGGCGGCGCCGGCACCGCGCUGGGAAUGAUCCCCUCAAGGUACAAGCACAUCAAGGGCAUCAACUUCGACUUGCCUUUCGUCAUCAGCCAAACAAAGCCAAUACCAGGCGUAGAACAUGUCGGCGGGAACAUGCUCGACUACGUGCCCAGCGGCGACGCCGUCUUUAUGAAGUCCGUGCUGCACCUGCUCGAUGACGACGACUGUGUGAAGCUCCUCAACAGCUGCUACUGGUCGGUGCCGGAGAAAGGGAAGGUGAUCGCCAUGGAGGUGGUCCUGCCGGCCACCCCGGAGACAACGCAGGCCGGGCGCUUCCCGUUCCAGUUUGAUAUCAUCUGCUUGCUCAACGGCUUGAAGGGUGGCAGGGAGAGGACGGAGCAAGAGUACGCAAGGCUCGCCACGGGUGCCGGCUUUCGUACACCCAUCCGCUCUACUGCUGUCUUCGGGGCUUACUGGGUGCUUGAGUUCAUCAAGUAG